AUGAGCCCCAACGGCUUCAAUGGUGUCAUUAGCUCCAACGGCGAUGGUCAUGUUGCUCCACUUCACUUGCAAGCACUACCUGCCCCCACGCCCUCGGUCAAUCCACUGAAAGCUUCAAAUCUGUUCUUCUCUCCUGCCCCUCCUGGGACGGACAGAUCCGGCACUAGAGGAAGAUACAUGUUGUCUAUCCCGUGGUCCAAGCAGUCCGGAUGGGGUCAACCUAAGAUUGGACCACUCGAAACGAUCAAUCUGGAUCCUCUCGCAGGUGCUUUACAGUACGCCGUCUCUUGUUUUGAGGGUAUGAAGUGCUAUAAAGGGGAAGAUGGGCAGUUACGUCUCUUUCGACCGGACAAGAAUUUUGACCGUCUUAAGCGAUCUGCAUGGCGUAUCGGUCUUCCUUACGACUGGGAUAAUUCCGAGCUACUCGACCUACUCGUCAAGUUGGUAGCUCUGGAAGCCCCCAUUGUACCCAAUGAGGACGGUACCAACCUCUACAUCCGUCCCACUCUGAUAGAUGCAUCUUCCUCUUUUGGUCUUCGCGAAGAUGGAUUAGCCACUGAAGCGAUGUUGUACGUAGCAACGGGAAUCAAUGUGGGAACGAAAAUAUAUCCUUCCGCCGAUGGUAAAGGUCUCAAGCUCAAUACUUCUUCGGAUUUUAUCAGAGCUUGGCCAGGUGGGACGGGGUCAUACAAGCUUGGAGCCAAUUACGGUCCGGUGCAUAUCGCCAAACAACCUGGAUACGCCAUGAGUUUAUGGUUGCAUGGAGACCGAGAUUAUAUCUCCGAAGCUGGGGGAAUGAAUAUUUUCGUGAUCAAACAAGCUUCGGAUGGUUUCCUCGAAUUCGUUACCAUGUCCCUAGCAAAUGGCAUCGUGCUCCCUGGUGUGACGCGUAGUUCUAUCAUCGAACUCCUGACGAAUCAUGCCUCUGGAAUAAAGGACUUUCCCACGGUCGGCAUGCCGAAAAACAUUCGUGUUGUUGAGAGAGAUAUACCGAUGCAGGAGAUCAUCGAUGGUAUUGCCGAUGGGUCACUUAAAGGGCAACUGAUACGAGGCAGAUUCUUCGGGUGCGGAACAGGAGUUGUGGUUGUCUCUAUCGCUGAGAUAACCUACGCCAACAAUGUAUAUCACAUUCCUUAUAAUCCCCUUGUCCGCCUCAUCAGGGAUACCAUGACAGCUCUGCAAAGGGGGAAGAUCGAGAGUGAAUGGAGUUAUAAAGUACCUGCUUGGUCGGGUCCUGGAUUAGAAUCUACCGAAGAGGUGAUCAUAACUUGA